GUGAAGAGCGCGUCGUAAAUGACCCGGAAGUGGAGCCACGACGGAAACGACUGCGUUCGAAUUGUUGAGCGUUUUCCAUUGUAGUCUUCUGUAUUAUUUCCCAGUGCUAUUUUGUUCAUUAAACAAUUUCCUGAACGCGUUUGGAUUUAGUCGUAUUCGCAGGGAUUACAUUUUACCGUGCACACGCAAGACAUGUCGGUUGCGCCUCCCAGUCGCUCAAACACAGGUUGGCCGCGCGGUGGGGCGGCUCAGUUCGGAGGCAAAUACAUGAGCGGGCCGGCGAAGCCCCUCACCCUGGAGAGGACAAUCAACUUAUACCCACUCACCAACUACACAUUUGGGACCAAGGAGCCUUUAUAUGAAAGGGACAGCUCAGUGGCUGCUAGGUUCCAGCGGAUGCGUGAGGAGUUUGACAAGAUGGGCAUGCGGAGGACAGUGGAGGGUGUGCUGAUUGUCCACGAGCACAGACUGCCGCAUGUCUUACUUCUGCAGCUGGGCACUACCUUUUUUAAACUGCCCGGUGGAGAGUUGAGUCCAGGAGAAGAUGAAGUGGAAGGACUGAAACGCCUAAUGACUGAGAUUCUUGGACGACAGGAUGGCGUGAAGCAGGACUGGGUGAUUGACGACUGUAUUGGCAACUGGUGGCGUCCUAACUUUGAGCCUCCGCAGUAUCCCUACAUUCCAGCUCACAUUACCAAACCUAAGGAGCAUAAGAAACUUUUCCUGGUUCAGCUGCAGGAAAAAGCACUCUUUGCCGUCCCCAAAAAUUAUAAACUGGUGGCAGCGCCGUUGUUUGAGCUGUACGACAAUGCCCCUGGAUAUGGACCCAUCAUUUCCAGUCUACCACAACUCCUGAGCAGGUUCAACUUCAUCUACAACUAAGUAGGCCUGGGCGCUAAAUCGAUUUAUUGAAUUUUUCAAGGUUAUUAUUUGUUUUGUUUUUUGUUUUUUUACUGGGCACAAUUUAAAAAAAAAAAGUUUUGUCUCCCCCCACCGUAUUGUGGCGCAUGUUUCACCUACAUGAAAUACCCACCAAAUAGGUGGGACAUGCACAUGGUUAUUUUAUUGUUUUAUUUUAUAGCAGCCGGCUUGAAACAAAGCCGCAAAUGUGCAUGCGCACUCAUCAGGUUCAAAGUGCUCCUUAACUCAUUCACUGCCAUUGAUUGUGAUAAACGUCCAAUUCAUUUAAAUUGGGAGCAUUGGCAGUGAUCAUUAGGAGUUCUUUUGUUUUUGGUCAUAUCGCCCAGUCCUACAACUAAGUGAAGUCCAUUUGGCUGUCUCUGUGAGCGCAGCCCCAUCGAAAGGAAAGGAAAGGAAAGGAAGUGAAGAUCCUGUGGCCAAUGCAGAGAAAAGACACUUCUCAGCUUCACUUUCGCAGGAGUCUCAACAGUCCAGAGGGAUGUUACGCUGUACUACAGUCAGAAGUUGUUUUUGUUUUUAAACUUAAACUGGUGGUUUUUGUAGAAGAUACGUUUAUAUUGUGUUAUGCUCAGUCUGCUUUUAAGUCUUCUCAGAAAAGGUUUGAUUAAACCAACAAUUACUUUGUGUUCUGUUCACCCCCUCCCCCUUUUUAAAUAAAAAAA